ACUUGCGUUUUCAUCAUGGAGAAGCUGGAGAGAAAUCACCCAAACAGGCAAGUGAUUCCUUUCCUUUUUAUGCUGCUGUGGGAUCAGGUUCUAACAAUGCCUACUCGGUACUCUGUCCUGGAGGAAACAGAAAGCGGCUCCUUUGUAGCCCAUCUGGCCAAGGAUCUGGGUCUGAAAUCUGGGGAUCUGACUGCCAGGUCUGCACGGGUGGUGUCUGACUAUGACAAACAGCAGUUGAUUCUGGAUCCUGAGACUGGGGAUUUGCUUCUGAGGGAGAAACUAGACCGGGAAGAGCUGUGUGCCUCUGUGGACCCCUGUGUGCUGCAUUUCCAGGUGUUUCUAGAAAACCCAGUGCAAUUUGUCCAAGGAGAAUUACUGAUCCAGGACAUAAAUGAUCACUCACCAGAAUUCCCAGAUAGAGAAUUGCUCUUGAAAAUACCAGAAAACAGCCAGCCAGGCUCACGGUUUUCAUUAAAAUUAGCCCAGGACUUGGAUGUGGGCAGCAAUGGGCUUCAACAAUACACAGUCAACCCCAAUUCUCAUUUUCAUGUCCUCACUCGAAAUAAUAGUGGAGGCAAGAAAUACCCAGAAUUGGUGCAGGACAGAGCCCUGGACAGAGAGGAGCAGGCAGAGCUGAGCUUGACCCUCACAGCUCUGGAUGGGGGCUCUCCACCUAGGUCAGGAACAGCCAUGGUUCGAAUCCUGAUCCUGGACAUCAAUGACAAUGCCCCCGAAUUUGUGAAGACCCCCUAUGAGGUGCAGGUCCUGGAGAGCAGUCCCCCAGACUCCCUGGUCCUGACUGUCCUAGCACAGGAUGCAGAUACUGGCAACUUUGGGAGAGUUUCCUAUGGCUUGUUCCAAGCAUCAGAUGAAGUUCAACAGACUUUCUCAAUCAACGAAAUCACGGGAGAAAUACGACUGAAAAAGGGAUUGGACUUUGAAAAAAUUAAAUCUUACCAUGUGGAAAUCGAGGCCACGGAUGGAGGAGGCCUUUCUGGGAAGGGCGCUGUGGUGAUAGAGGUGGUGGAUGUGAACGACAACGCCCCAGAGCUGACCAUAUCUUCACUGACCAGCUCAGUCCUGGAAAAUAGUCCAGAAAAUGUGGUUGCUAUCUUCCGAAUACGAGACAGAGACUCUGGAGAGAACGGGAAAAUCAUUUGUUCUAUUCCAGAUACUCUACCAUUCAUUUUAAAACCCUCUAACAAGAACUUUUACACAUUGGUGACAGAGAGUCCUCUGGACAGAGAGAGCAGAUCUGAGUACAACAUCACCAUCACAGUCACCGACAUGGGCACACCCAGGCUCACAACCCAGCACACCAUAACAGUGGAGGUCUCUGACGUCAACGACAACGCCCCCGCCUUCACACAAAGCUCCUACACCCUGUUUGUCCAAGAGAACAACAGCCCCGCCCUGCACAUAGGCACCAUCAGCGCCACAGACUCAGACUCAGGCUCCAAUGCCCACAUCACCUACUCGCUGCUGCCCACCCACGACCCACAGCUGGACCUAUCCUCGCUCAUCUCCAUCAACGCCGACAACGGGCAGCUGUUCGCGCUCAGGGCGCUGGACUACGAGGCCCUGCAGAAUUUCGAGUUCCUCGUGGGGGCAACAGACCAAGGCUCGCCCGCGCUCAGUAGCCAGGUGCUGGUGCUCGUGCUGGUGCUGGACGCCAACGACAAUGCGCCCUUCGUGCUCUACCCGCUGCAGAAUGCUUCUGCGCCCUUCACAGAGCUGCUGCCCAGGGCGGCGGAGCCAGGCUAUCUGGUCACCAAGGUGGUGGCUGUGGACCGUGACUCGGGCCAGAAUGCCUGGCUGUCGUUUCAGCUGCUGAAGGCCACGGAGCCAGGGCUGUUCAGCGUGUGGGCUCACAAUGGCGAGGUGCGCACCUCCAGGCUGCUGAGUGAGCGCGAUGCGCCCAAGCACAGGCUGCUGCUGCUGGUCAAGGACAAUGGCGAUCCUCCGCGGUCUGCCAGUGUCACUCUGCAUGUGCUGCUGGUGGAUGGCUUCUCUCAGCCCUACCUGCCUCUGCCUGAGGUAUCGCGCGACUCGGUGCAGGACAGUGAGGACUUACUCACACUCUAUUUGGUCAUUGCCUUGGCGUCUGUGUCUUCGCUCUUCCUCUUGUCUGUGCUGCUGUUCGUGGGGAUAAGGCUGUGCAGGAGGGCCAGGACGGCCUCUCUUGGUGGCUGCUCUGCUCCUGAAGGACACUUUCCUGGACACCUGGUGGACAUCAGUGGCACGGGGACUCUUUCCCAGAGCUACCAGUAUGAGGUGUGUCUGACCGGAGACUCUGGGACUGGUGAGUUCAAAUUCCUCAAACCCAUGGUCUCCAACCUGUUGCUUCAGGAUCCUGGGAGAGACGUUAAGGAAAGUCCCCACUGCAGGGAGAGCUUUGUAUUCAGCUAAAGCGUUGUCAGUUCCUAGACAUUGUCAUUUGAAGAAAUGACCUUGUUUCUAAGAGGUUUUCUACUAGUCAAACCUACAUAUAUCCUUAAUUGCGCUGUUUUUAUUGGUAUGAAGCUACUAGGCUUUUAG